AGAGAUACAAGUGUGCACGUUCCCAUACCUUUGCCGGAAUACUGUCAAUCUCCAGAUUAGAUCGCAGCGGACAUCAAAGGAAGCAGUCAUAAUCAGCAAACUGGUCAUAAUUGACAAAAUUAUGAAGUUACCAUUGGUGUUCGUAUUUUGCCUUUUUGUUUUCAGCCACUGGGGCAAUGCAUCUCCUGUCAAAUACGACAAUGAAGAAGGCGAGGACACGGGUGUAGUGGCUAAUCUGCUGAAACUUUUCGACGAGGUACCAGUACUCAAAAGCACGAUCGAGAAAUCCGGGUUAAGUUUUGAUGAAAUCAAACUUCUAUUUGGAGAACAGAACUUGAUUGGGCAGCUGGUCAACAACAUUUACAAGUUGAGUCCGGUGGCUGGAGAAAUCAUAGACGAUGCUGCCAAAACCAAUGUAGAGAUUCGUGUUGUACUAGCUAUUGCACGAGGGAAAACGCCGAAUCUGUUUGACAUUUUCAAACUCGCUACCUCCAAACAAGAGAACAUGUGGACGUCUAUAGAUAACGCUGCCUCCCAAAAUGAACAUGCCCAGUACAUUCUUCAGAAGAUGAAGGAGCCGAACCCAGACAUCCCCAACAUCUGGAACAUGCUUACAGGAAAACAUCUUGAGACGGACGGCAUCGUCGACAACGACAAAUACGCCAUUGCUUCCAGCACCAAGAAGAAGAACAGGCACUUGUAUGAGAUGUCCAAGUUCAUUGAAGCCAACUGGAGGCCCCUGGAGAAAGCUUUCCAUGUUUUGGCCAACCUUCCUAUCAACUUUGUGAAGGUCCUGCAGUACAUCCUUGGUCUUGACUACUCGGCAUUCCGUUUUGCCAUUGCUCCUUCUACUAUGAUGAACGGCAAGAAGUACAUGAUCACAGACAACAAGUCCAAGUACACAGUGGUGGGCCAGGGCCAGUCCACCUUUGAUCCUGAUGACGAUGCCGACAUUGUUAAUAUCCUUAAUGAAAUACGGGUCAAAUACCCUGCAAUGCACGACACCUUUGUUCGAACAAACGGCAAUACUGCUGCUCGGACAGCGGUGCUUCAUCUGGUUACAGAGACAAUCGAAAUUCUCAAUCGGUUGAUUGGCUGAAAGGAUACGAAAUUGACAGGAUGAUUGCCUGAUUGACGGAAACAACACGACCUCAAUGAAUGACGUGCUGGUAUUGUUGGUUGUGUAUUUGUGUAAUUCUCAUAUGAAUAAUAUCAUUACACCAGGCAUUAAAUCUUAUAUAUUUCAACCUC